UUACUCCUCAAAGAACCGACAGGCUUCACGUGUUCCUUUCCUCUCCCAUAUUUUGCCCAUUUUCAUCUAGCUCAGAACGGUCAUCAAACUCCGACCACAUCCAGCCAGGUAUUUGAAUUGUCGGCGAACAUCAAACUCUUUCCAAUUGUUGGCGAACAUCAACUUCCCAAUUUGAAUUGCUUGCGUUUAAGAAGGUGGUGGGCUUUCAUUCAGCUUCUCAAUUGCAACACUCCAGCGGCGAUUUGUACUUGCCACACUCCAGCGGUGAUUCCGGCAUGCUCUCCGGCAGCUGCUGCCACCUUAUUUGUGUGCCGCUGUUAGCUCUUCGGUUAUGACCGCUGACAAGAGGAAGAAGCCUUCUUGCGAUUCCUCACCUGUUAGCUGUACUUCCGAUUGCUCCUCCCAUUCGUCAACAGCCUCUAACAACUACAUCGACUGCCUGUCCACCUACAUUGAGCAAAUGGCCUCCAGGAUUCAAUGGACCGAUGCAAUGGAUGAAGCUUUCCUCAUAGCCUAUGUUAGUUUUAGGGAAAAUAACUGGUGGGACAACAGGAAAUCGCUAGAGACAAACUACGACCAGUUGGCAGCACAUUUGGUGAGUAAUGGAAGCUUGACCGUCACUGGCCAACAGCUGCAGACCAGAUUCUAUCACAUCAAGAAGAAAUGGGACCUAUUCUGUAAUCUGCGUGGGAUAUCAUCAAAAGCAGAGACCGGGGUUGGGUGGAGUGAGGACACCUACUGCUUUACUGCUGAUGAUGAACAUUGGGAAAACUUGGUCCAGUCUAAUGCGGCGUAUGCUGAAUUCAAAAAGGAGAACUCCUGCUACUGGUAUGAUCGACUGACACCAUUACUGCUUGGAAGACACGCCACAGGCAGCCGUGCCCAAUCGGCAAGCGAAGUAGUACCAUCGGAACCACCUCGCCGUGAAAGGGCCAAUACUUCUGCUAGGAGCCGGAAGGGAAAAGGUAAAGCCUCUAUCUCGAGGGCUCCUAAUCCGACAAACAUGGGCGACCAAGGGGAUGAAGAUGACGUGUACUAUGUGCCGCCAGUUCCAGGGGCAGUUGGAGGUAAAAGGUCAGCGUCAAGCCUAGGGACCAGCGGUGAACCGGAGGGAACUAGAGGGUCAAAAUCUACAAGGUCAUCUACAGGUCUUGAGGAUGCUAUUAGCAAAAUUGGAAAUUACUCCGACGUUGUACUUGAGGACAGACGGAGCAGGAUGGAGUUCGAGUCCCUCUAUAGCGUAAUCCAGUGCCAGGAUGUGAUCAACACAAUGGACAUUCCGCCAGAAUGGAGAAUACACGCUAACUGUCAUUAUGCGAAUUAUGAAAAAGAGGGUGAGCGCGUUAUAUUCCUUCGGGCUUCUGCAACUGACCAGUACGGCUAUAUCCUUAAGUUGAUGAAAGAGAAAGGCUUGGCUUGAGUUGUGUGGGCAGCUGAAAACUAACGUAUUUCCAGAACUAUUAUAUUAUUAUUGUAUGUGUUGUUGCUGAAAAUUAGUUACUUUUUACUCUUUACUUGUUGGAGUCAGUUACUCUUUGCUCUUUGGUGUGUAUAAGCCUACCCCGCGUUGACUUUGAGAGUAGGCUUUCUGAGGACAUAUGAAAAUAAAAUAUAUGUAUUGUCUUUGAGAGUCA